AUGUCGAGGAUUUUCGGUUCGAUCAUUCUUGGAGCAUUUUUGACGGUAGUAGUAGUCUAUGGUGCACCAACUGCAACGACACAGGAUGUGACACAACAAGGUCCAUCGAUUCUUGAAGAAGCUUUAGACGUUUACGCAUCAUGUUCCGGUGAAUCGGAUCUAUCGGUUUGUCUUAAAUUAAAGGCAUUACGAUUCGUCGAUAGGGCUGCCAAAACAGUUGACAUCAAUGUUAUCGAUGGACUCAGGAUUGUACAGACCGACGAAGCUAAGAGCAAUAGCCGUGCUGAUAACGCGAGAUCUUACAACGAUAUUGAAAGUUCAUUACCCAGCGAAACCGAAGCAAAAGAAGCUGCGAUAGAUCAAGCUAUCGUUGAAAGAGCAUCCAAAUUUCUUUCUACGCAUACCAUUGAACUCAGUCUUCCAGAAGAAUUCUCACGUUCAUUCGAUGAAGCUCGUGGAAAGAAGAAGAAAAUCGUGAAAUCCCUUUUGCCAAUUUUGUUAUUGCUCAAAGCAAAAGCAGCCAUUUUGCUUCCGUUACUUUUAGGUGGUCUUGCAUUGUUAGCAUUCAAAGCACUCGUAAUUGGCAAGAUUGCUCUUAUUAUCAGUGUUAUUGUCGGACUUCAAAAACUUUUGGCUAACAAGCAACAAAGUUACGAAGUAGUAGCUCAUCCGGUUCACAGUCAUUCUCAUUACGAAGCCGAUCAUGCUGAUCAUCAUGGUUGGGCAAGAUCAGCUGGAUCCGAUUUAGCUUAUAGCGCUUAUAAACCAUCAGAAUAA